UGCAACGUGAGUGAUCGAUCAAGGCACCAAGGAGCACGGACGCCUCGGAAAUUUUGAAUCUUCUCCGCACGAGCCGCGAGUGCGGCCGCGGCUUACCUCAAGAGGAGGCCGGCCCGUGCCCUUGAGCGACUGCUCGGGCAGGAGUUUUGCGACCUGAGCAUCAUGUCCAGGUUCGAGGCCGCGGCGAAGAAGGCCGCAGGCGGCGUGGCCCCAAAGACUGCAGCGAAGGCGAAAGCCGCUGUGCCGUCGGUGCUGGCGAAACCAAAAGCUGCACCGCCCAAGCUAACGACUCUUGAGGACAAGAAGAAGUUCGUAAAGACGUGGGAGAUGAAGAUCGAUGACAAGGACUGCGAGGUCCAGGCGGAGGCCAACAAGAAGGCCAAGAAGGACCUCGAGACGGCCUUGAAAAAGCUUCAGACCGACGAGACGUAUCUGAAGGUGAAAGAGGAGAUCAAAGAGAUGGAGCUUCAAGGGAAGCGCGAUGCAGAGCGUGCAGCUCUCACUGCCAGCAAGACGGACGCCAAGGCAGCCACGAAGACUGAAAAGAAAGUGGUGGCCACAGCGACGGAGGCUUCAGAGGAGGCGUUGAAGGAGGUGGAGACGGCUCUGGCGAGCAGCGGCAAGGACGCUGCUUCUGCGAAGGCUUCGGCUCUGGCGACGCUGGAGAAGCUGAGCAGCGCCACCGCCUUUGUGCUGCCCAAGUUGCCGCAGUUGGUGGAGCUUUUUGCAGAUAGCAAGCUGGGUGCUCCAGCGCAGAAGGCCGCACUGGCCAUCGUCACCCAUAUCCAGCCUCGAGGGCAUGGAGUCGCGUCAGAGGUAAUGCCCAUCCUCUUGAAGGGCAUGCAGGACAAGCGGUGGAAAGUGAAAGCUGCUUGCAUCGACGUCUUGCUGCCCUGCCUCCAUCAAAUGUUCGAUUCCACGCCGGCGCAGAUGGCAGGGCUCCUGCCGCAGAUUCUGCAGGUGCUGGCAGAAGCGGCGCUGGAGGUGCGGGCAGAGAUCCGGAGUGCCACGGGAGCGGUGCUGAGAGAGAUCGGCACGCUGGUGGCUAGUCCUGAGAUCAAGAAGCUGUCCCAGGACUUGGUGACGGCCUUGGCAGAGCCGACCAACCAGAAGCACACGCAGGAUGUGCUGGCCAGAAUGGGCAACCAGACCUUCAUGUCGUUGAUCGACGCCGCAUCGCUGUCCUUGCUCAUGCCCAUCGUUGUGCGAGGGCUGAGGGAGCGGGAGCCGGCCAGCAAGAAGUGGUCCGCACAGAUCUUCGGCUCCACCUCCCAGCUGGUGCAAACCGUGGACUUCAUGAAGCCCUACUUGCCCAUGGUGGUUCCCAUGCUGGAGCAGGCUCUCUUCGACCCAGUCUCUGAGGUGAAGCGAGAGGCCGCCAAGACCUUCGGUGUGAUGGAGCAGGUUCUGCCUUCCUACUCCCAGCGGAAGCUGCUGCCCUGGCUCUUCGGCAAGCUGCGAGGAGGCGAGCAAGGAGAGCAGACUGGAUGUGCCUUGGCUUUGGCAGAGACGCUCUUCAAGAUGGACAAGGAGCUGGCGGCCAGCUUCGUUGGGGAGCUGCAAGCGGGGGCCACAGAUCCCAAGACCUCUGUGAGGCGUGGUUUCCUGGAGCUCAUGGACACCAUGCCGCAGGCCAUGAAGAUGGACUUUGUGCCCUACAUCGAAGCGCUCUUCCCUGCGAUGCUCAUGGGGAUCACAGGUGACAAGGACCAGAACGAGGACCCCGGGCACCGAGCUGCUCUGGCGCUGGUGCAGCGCUUCGGGGAUCUCUGUCCGGAUCGCCUCUUGGAUGGCUUCGAGGGUGCGUAUUGCUGCACUUUGCAGUAUGGGAGCCCAGAGGAAGCAGCCAGAGUAGCGAUCACCCGCGAGAAGACCGUGAGUCUCUUGGGCAAGGUGGCCGAAAAGAUUCUGGAGCACAAGAAGUUCGGGCAAGACCUGCUCACUACCGAGGACUGCUCCAACAAAGCAACUCGGGAGCGACUCCUGGUGUUGAUCUUCCUCGCCAGGUCUGACGCUGAUGCCGCAGUGAAGCGUGUGGCCAACGGCCUGUGGAAGACAGCGGGCGGAGCGCCAAAAGUGCAGAAGGCGAUCAUGCCUAGUAUCUCCAAGCUCCUGCAGCGGCUGCGGCAGGGCGAGCGCGGCGCCGCUGCUCAGAAGCUGGCGCUGGAGGUUCUGGACCAGCUGGUCAAGAGUGGAGAUUUAGAAGCUCCGGAGGGCGAUGUGCCUGAGGCCCCGCCAUUCACAUUCCCACCACCCGCGCAGCGCGCGCCCACGGGCAGCUUGCCUGCGCUCGUGGUCAUGGGUCAAGUGGUGGAGGAGACGAAGGAGGAAGCAGGCGAGCAAGGCGUUGAUGCGGCUGUGGCCGCCAGCAAGGCGCGAGAGGUCGUGAAUAGCAACCCCCACUUCGCCAAGCUCGUGCCCUGUGUGCGGGACCAUCUGGCGGCCAUCUCGGCGUCCAUAGUGGUGGAAGGCCAGAAGAACAAGCACUUCCAUGGCAGGAAACAAGUGGCCACCAUGACCGAAGACCUUACCACAGCCUUGACACUCCAAGAGGAGGUGGGUGAAGCGCCACCCUUGGACAAGCUGCCGGCGGUGUGUGAAGACGUGGUGCGCGCGGUGAUUGGGGAUGCUUUUGACGCCCACGCGGAGGGCGGGGACGCGGACGACGAGAUGCUGCUCAGAGUGGAGAACCUGCUGCUCAUGUACGGUGCAGGGCAUCUCCUCCUCAAGGACACCACCCUGGAGAUGCGCAAGAACUGUCGCUACGGCGUGGUGGGCCACAACGGCGCGGGGAAGACCACGUUGAUGAAGGAGAUCGCGGCCCACCGCAUCGUGGGCAUGCCAAUGGACUUGAAGUGCGUGCACGUGGAUGACUCCAAGCUGGGGGAGAUGAGCAAGAGCUACUUGAACGCGUUGGAGUACUGCAUCAAGAUGGCCAAGGAUAUCGGCGUCAACGAUGCUGGGCGGGAGACCUUGUUGAAGGUGGGCUUCGACGAUGCCAAGCUGAACGACCCGGUCUCGGAGCUGUCCACCGGCUGGAGGAUGCGGCUCACGUUGGCCGUGUCCAUGCUGAAGCAUGCAGACCUCGUGCUUUUGGAUGAGCCCACGAACCACUUGGACGAGCAGUCUGUCCAGUGGCUGAGUGACUACAUCCUGUCAAUCACAUCCUCUUCGGUCAUGGUGAUUUCACACGAGCCCAAGUUCUUGAACAAGAUUUGCACGCAUGUUGUUGCAUACGUGGACAAGAAGUUGGAGUACACUGAAGGCAACUUUGACGUCUUUGCGAUGAAGAAGGGCCUUAGCCGGGAGCAGAUCGACGCCAUGCUGUCAGGGAACCUGAGCUUUGACACAAAGAAGGAAGGCGAUGAAGAUGACGAUGCAGGUGACGCACCGAAGGUGAGUGCGCCGGUGGCCGGGCCGCCCAAGCUGUCCUUCCCCAUCCCGGGGUCCAUGGAGGGCGUCAAGACCGGCUCCAAGAGCGUCUUGGAGUUGAGGCAUGUCUCCUUCCGCUACUCCAAAGACAAGGACUACCUCCUGGAGAAUUGCUCCGGCAAGCUGAGCCUCAGCUCCCGGGUGGCCAUCACCGGCAGGAAUGGCUGCGGCAAGUCCACAUUGAUGACAUUGCUGUGCAGCGAGCUAACACCCUCCGAGAACAAGGACGGCUCCCAUGGAGAGGUUUGGCGGCACCACAACCUGCGUUUGGCCUACAUGAAGCAGGACCACCUGAAAGCUUUGGGCCCUUUCUUUGACACCUCUCCGUUUGUGUACAUCACCGAGCGCUUCAAGGAAGGCUUCGACGGAGACCUGCAGCGACGCCUCGUCGAGCCUGAGGAUGAAGAAGAGGGGCUUCGGAGAAAGGAGCUGGCGAAGCAGCACGGGAAGUACGGGAACGAGGUGGCAGAGCUCGUGAGCCGCACCAAGGUGGGCAACCAUCUCUCAUACGAGGUCCGGUGGGCAGGCCUGGACGAUCCCAAGCAGAACACUCUAGAGCCAAUCUCGAAGCUGAAGACCAUGGGGCUGGACAAGGUCAUCAUUGCCUGCGACGAGCGGAUCGCUGCCAAGGCCGCUGGUCUGGAUCAGCGACCGCUGACGCGGCGAGAGAUUGUCAGGCACUGCGAGGCCUUUGGCAUCGAUGAGGAGAUGUGCUGCAACCGCCAGAUCCGAGGCUUCUCAGCCGGCCAGAAGGUGCGCCUCUCCUUGGCCGCGAUGUUCUGGACCAAGCCGCACUUCAUCGCUGUGGAUGAGCCUACGAACUACUUGGAUGUUGAGACGGUGGAUGCUCUUGGAAAGGCCCUCACCACCUUCCGCGGCGGCAUCGUCAUGAUCGAGCCCAAGACUGACUUCGUGGAGCGCAUUUGCAAUGAGAAGUGGGUCGUCGAGGACGGGAAAAUGAUGGUGGAGAAGAUGAACAACGGCGUGAAGCGGCAGGCAUGAGCGAGGUGAGCCGCCCGAACCAGCUGGCGGAAGCCGGACAGGGUGUCCAAGAGAGACUGGAU